UGGAAAUACCCUCAACGCAACAUAGACGUUAACGAUAUGGUAGUUAUACGUCAAGAAACUCUACCCCCAAAUGAGUGGAGACUUGGUCGCAUCGAAAAAACAUAUCUCGGUGCCGACAAUAAAGCAAGAGUAGUUGAUAUACGUACCUCUCAGGGAACAAUUACCCGCCCAAUAACCAAAAUAGUCACUUUACCAAAUAAUUAAUCUUAUUUCCUUAUAGUGACAUGGCCCCUCAUAGCAGUACGAAGUCAAUUUGCAGCCGCCAAAGCAGCCCCACAUUCACUGUGCGAUCACUUAGCGUGACCCGUAGUAUCAGCCCACUCUCCGACGAAGGAACCCUGGCAAGACGCCUGCAUCGCUUUAAAGCGACCCUUUCCCCCAUUCGAGAGGAGCGUGGAAAUACGCAUCGCACGGCCCGACGUACCAUCAGCCUUUCCCCUAUUCGUGAAGAACGGGGAAGUACUCAUCGCACGGCUCGGCGUGCUAUCAGCCGUUCAUCAAAGCGAACACACAAACACGUCGCCUGUGGAUUGUGUAAAAAAGACCAUAGACUGGUAACUUGUUCAAAAUUCACCAAAAUGAACAUCAAUGAAAAGUUUGACGCAGUUAAUAAACACAAGUACUGCGUCAAUUGCUUGGCCAGAUCGCAUUCCACCCAAAAGUGCACAAGUAAAAAACGAUGUGCCACGUGUAAUGGGGAACACCAUUCAACCCUACAUGGACACCCCAGGUUGUUCUGCAAAGAGCCAACGAAAUCAUCGAAGAGCGAAGAAAGAUUGCACAGACAAAAAGAUCUACCCACGCUACUGGCCAAGCCGACCCUCAUACCAACAGUCAUGGUCAAAGUCAAACACGAUGGAAAAUGGAACAAAAUACGAGCCAUAGUCAACCCGACCCGAAAGGUGACUAUAAUUGCGUCAGAGCUGGUUCAGAGAUUGAGGUUACCGAAAACGUACCUCGACUCGCAUCGCAUAUGCAAAGUCGUCAUAGGAUCGUUAACUGAUUCCGACUGGCAUGUCGAAGUUAACUGCCUAUUGACGCAUGAUUUACCGACCCGACCCUAUAAUCGUGACUUAAGUGGCGAAAUCAUUAAGAAGUUCGACCACUUAGUCCUAGCCGACCCUAAAUUCUGGAAAGACGAUCAAAUCAUGUUGGAACUGGGAGCUGACAUCUACCCAAGAUUGAUGAAACCCGGACUAUUCAACCCCGACAACAGCACCGUGAUCGCACAAAACACCGCACUCGGUUGGACUUUAACCGGUGCUUGUGCGAUUUAAACCCAAAAACACUGCAAGGCGGCCGGGAUGUUCAUACCAAAUGAACACAUCCCUGCAUUGUCCUCCUAACUCGUCUAAAUACGAAUUAGAGGACAAUGCAAAAAACACCCAACAGCGCCAACAUAACAGCGAAGUAUUCAACAAAACAAAAAGACACAAUAAAACGAAUCACCAGAGCGGACGGACAUAAGCGCCAAAGCAGCAGCAAUAUCAUCACCAGCAAUAACAACCACAGCAGCAGCAACAAUAUCAACAGCAUCAGCAGUAACAACAGCAGCAGAACUAAAAGUAUCAACGCGGGAAAUCAAAGGCCUCAACGCGGGAAUAAGUACCUAUAUCAGGUUUUAAUUCAUUUACUUAUAUUUAUAUUAUAUUAUAAAUAACCCUUAAACUGUAGUAUUGUAUAAACUCAUACACAAAUAUACAAUUGUACCUACUCAAAUUAUAUAUUACACACCCACAAAUACACACAUCCGAAUUGUUACCCGAUUUCUAAUCAGUUUUUAUUUU